GAAACCAAGAUUAGUCAUGGAUGGAGGCAAAGAGGGAGAGGGGAUGGUGACAGACAUAAGCCUAAAAGAUCUCUCAAGGAAGCUGGAGGAAUUUGCCAAGGCAAGAGAUUGGGAACAAUACCAUAGCCCAAGAAACCUAUUCCUUGCAAUGGUUGGUGAAGUUGGAGAGCUUUCAGAAAUAUUCCAAUGGAGGGAAGAGGUGGCCAAAGGCUUACCAAAUUGGGAGGAAUCUGAUAAAGAGCAUCUUGGGGAGGAGUUAUCUGAUGUGCUGCUUUAUCUCAUUAGGUUAGCUGAUAUGUGUGGUAUUGAUCUUGGGGAAGCUGCAAUGAAGAAAAUUGUCAAGAAUGCCAUCAAGUAUCCACCCCCAACAUCUCCUAAAGCCUUGUAAGGUUGCAAGACAUAUGCUUCAUCUCAAUCUUCAUUUUUUUUUCCCCAAAUUGCAGUGGGGGUGGACAACAUGUUUUUAAUCAUGCCCUUUCAAAAUAAAGGAAAUAAUUAUAGA